AUGGAUGAACUUCAGGUUCCCCGGCAUAUGAGGACUCCGGGCGAUGAUGGUUAUCGCACACCUACUAUAGAAGACGCCGAGCAUAGCCUAUCAGAACUAGCUAGCGAUGGCCCCAGCGGAGCUGUUCACAGCACAGCUUUGGAGGCCGCUCUGCAGAGAGCCUCGUCCCGGGUGACGGAUGCUACCAAUAAGGAAUGCAAUAAUUGUCGAGAUCAGGACAGUUCCUCUCCCACUCGAAGAGCCUCUGAUACGCCACCUUCCCGUCUCAGCUGGAGGCAACGGAUUCGCCAUGUCACCUGGGCCUAUUUCACACUAACCAUGGCCACUGGUGGUUUGGCCAACGUCUUCUACGAAGUCCCUUACCGCUUCCGGGGCCUGGAAACUAUUGGAAUCGUCGUCUUCUUGAUCAACAUCGCCCUUUACCUUUUCAUUUGGGGUCUUUUACUUGCUCGGUUCUAUUACUACCCCUAUACCUUCAAGGCGUCUUUUAUGCAUCCAACCGAGUCCCUAUUCAUCCCUGCAUCGGUGGUCUCUUUCGGCACAAUCCUCAUCAACAUCUCCCAGUAUGGCCCUGAAAAAGCGGGACCGUGGUUACUCGAGGCAGUUGACAUUCUGUUUUGGAUAGAUGCCGGUCUCGCUGUAAUAUUCUCUGCUGGCAUUUAUCUCAUUCUCUGGACCACCCAAACGUUUACUAUCGCCCAGAUGACUCCAAUCUGGAUCUUUCCUGCUUACCCAAUGCUCAUCAUCGGUCCCCAUGCCGGCAUUCUCUGCACUAAGCUUGACCAGGCCCGUUCCCUUCGUAUCAUUGUGGGUGGCACUACCAUUCAAGGAGUCGGGUUCUUGGUGUCAUUGAUGGUAUACUCGGCCUUCAUCUAUCGACUCAUGACGCAAAAGCUCCCUAAGGAAAACAUUCGACCGGGAAUGUUCGUUUCGGUGGGACCAAGUGGCUUUACGGUCGCCGGUCUCGUUAACAUGGCAUCUGGAGCGAAACGCUCUUUUCCACCUGACUUCAUGGGCAAUGGUCCAUUGGCAGCUGAUGUAUUGAAGGUCGUGGUCGGCUUCUCCAUGUUGUGGCUGUGGGGACUGGCAGUAUUCUUCUUCAUCAUCGCGAGUGCAGCCCAUUGGUCCGCAAUCGGCCCGGGUCGAUUGCAGUUCUCGAUGACCUGGUUCUCGUUCGUGUUCCCGAAUACCGCCUUGAUUACUGCUACCUUUGCUAUUGGAAAGGCAUUUUCAUGCAAAGCGAUCAACAUUGUUGGCUGUGCAUCAAUUCUUCCGCUGCUUCUCAUGUACUUCUUUGUUUGUUAUAAGAUGAUCCGGGCCGUUUUCACGCACCAGCUUCUAUGGCCCCAGAAAGGUGAAGAUAGAAACGAGGGUGGGUUUGAGAUUGUUAAUCUCAAGCCCGAAGGGGAUGCCGUCGGCGAUAACACGUUUGUUUAG